AUGUAUCAAGACGUGGACGAGGGCAUGAUCGCCCUCCACGGGUCCUUUCUCAUCGACUCUAUGAAGGUAUCCUUAGCAAUCACGAUCAAUAACCUCCCCAUCAACCGCUCGGUCGAGGAGACGAUCCGGCUCGUGAAGGCGUUCCAGUUCACCCAGUGGAUGCGUCUCUCUUCCUCCGCGUUCCCUGUCGCCGCUCCCGCUGACCUCUCCUUCAGCCUCACACCCCCUUCCCCUCCCCCGUUUGCGACGCAGCCGCAGGAAGAGCAUGGUGAGGAGUGA